AGAUUGAAAAUAAUUGCCUUAUAUAUAAUUAUGUUACUUUGUAUUUCCUUUUCAAUCUGUUUUAACUUAACAAUGUUUUAAAUCAACAAUAACAGUUUCUAAAUCAUGGAUACAACAACUCUAAUUGAAACCGAUAGAAAAAAAGUGAGGGAAAAAUACGAAAAAUCAUCCAAAGAUGUCGAAAGAGACAUUUCAACUAUAAAAGAAUGGUUAAAAACGCAGCAACAUUUACCAGAAGUUCCUGCUGACGAAGUAAUAGAAUUCUAUUUAACAAAUUGUAAAUAUAGCAUUGAAAAAACCAAAAAGGUUUUGGAUAUGAAUUAUACAGCUCGAGAACUACUACCAGAAAUUUUUGAAGAUAGUGAUCCGAACCUACCAAAUUAUCAAGAAACUUUGCCUAAAAUUACAACAAUAAUCCCGUUACCAAAGUUGACUGAUCAGCUGUAUCGAAUAAUAAUAAUAAAAUGCGGGGAAAACGUCGAAAUAUUCGAUCCGCACAAAAUAGUGACACACGCAAUAAAUGUGCUCGAAGUAUCAACUUUCGAAGACCUCUUUUCUGCUUUGGUGGUUAUUUUUGAUAACAAAGACAUGAAGAUGGCACAUCUUCGUAAAGCUACACCGAUAUUCUUUAAAAAAGUAUUGUUUUUAUUGGAGAAAAGUAAAAGUCUUCGAAUAGCUGAAAUUCAUAUACUAAAUUACAAACAUGAUCUUGUGAAAAUACUAUUGACGAUUGCGAAAACAGUUAUUAAAAAGAAAUUCAUGGAUAGGAUUAUCUUGCAUGAAAAUUUCGAAAAUUUGUAUAAUUACAUUCCGAAGUCUAUAUUACCAAGUGAUUAUGGAGGUACGGAAAGAUCUUUAGAUGAUUUACAAGAUUUAUGGAAGAUGAAAUUCAGAGAAUACAGUGAUAGAUUCGAUAAAAUAAAAACAAUGAAGGUUAAUGAAUCCUUGAGAUCGCAACCACUUGAGAAUUCUGAAACUUUGGGUUACUAUGGACAUUUCAAAAAGCUCGAUGUCGAUUGAGCACAUUUUUCUAUAUUUAAUAAAUAUUAUUAAGCAUAUAACUAUCAAAAGGUAUUUUUAACCUUCUGUAGUGCAUUAAAUGAUUCAAUUUUGAAAGUUCAAUGAUAACAAAGAGCGGAAUAAGUGAAAUAAUAAAUUAAUAAAAAC